GCCUCGGGAUGCGGGACCGGGCCGGGGCUGUCCCGGGGCUGCCGCCGCCAUGGGCACGGUGCCGCAGCGCCUGCAGCGCCUCCUCGAUCGCCCCGGGCCGCUCGGUGACCUGCUGGGCCGCCUGGAGGCCCGCACCGGCGUCCAGCGGCUCUACCUGGCCACAGGUUCUGCGGCGUUCCUGGGGCUGUACCUCGUGUUCGGCUAUGGCGCCUCGCUGCUCUGCAACCUCAUUGGCUUCGCCUACCCCGCAUACGUCUCUAUCAAAGCCAUCGAGAGCUCCAGCAAAGAGGACGACACCACAUGGUUGACGUACUGGGUGGUGUACGGCGUCUUCAGCGUAGCCGAGUUCUUCUCUGACACCUUCCUCUACUGGUUCCCCUUCUACUAUGCUGGGAAGCUCUGGAGAGUCUCUCCUCCCCGCAGUGCCUGUUCCUGGUGUGGUGCAUGGCCCCCGUGUCCUGGAACGGGUCGCAGGUGCUCUACCACAACGUCAUCCGGCCCUGCUUCCUCAAGCACCACCGGACCGUGGACAAUGUGCUGGGCACCCUCAGCACCAAAGCGCUGGAUGCGGCUUCCAGCGUCACCCGAGAAGUCCUGCAGACUCUGGUCAGCAGCAGAGCCCGGCUGGCAGCCGAGGUGGCACCGCAGCUCAGUUUGUCUCAUCCAGAGCAGCCUUGAACCUGGCGGAGGAAGCGGAGAAGAGAAAGUGAGAGUGGUCUCCGGUAUCCCCUCCCCCCAACACCCCCCUCCCCCCCGGUAACGGCACCAGGAUUCUGGGUCUGGAUCCAGACCCUACCGCUGCGCCCGCCCCCCCAAUAAACCCCCGGGGGUUCCCCGUUUCUCCGCGA